AUGUGGUACUGCCCGGUCUUUUACAAAGGCUUUUGCCCCCCGCUCCAGGACCAAUCCCACCUCUACGGUCUGGGAAUCCGCAUAGGAAUCUACUUGAUAUGGCUAUCCUCAAUUCUAGCCUACACACUUCUUCACAAUCCCAUCUCCCGGUACAGCUCGCGGGACCUAAACUACUGCUUCAGCUUCGCCUUCUUCCUCACCCUGACGUUGGACUCACGAACCAAGCUGCUAGACAAACACUACCAGGCCGACGCCCUGGUUGUGAUCCUCCUGCUCGCGGCCACGGCGACGCUCCUGACGGCACUGGAGGUACUAGAGCGCACGCGGCCAAAGGCCAAACGGAGGGAAGAAGGCCGCAGCCCGUUCGGGGACUUUUUGAGACUGUGUCUAUUGGCAGGGUUCAUCGUGUAUCUGAACUACUGGUGGUUCAGGGGUGUCUACGACAUCAAGUCCGUCUGCGGCCGGCAAACCCACUUCUUCACGAAGCGGGUGAGGAUCCUGGGCGGCUUUCGGCUCAUUGGGCAGAUAUGGUCCCCCCUCUUAAUAGUUCUGUUCAUCCCGGUGUUGGCCAUGGGGCUGCGCUGGGGAAAUAAGAAGCGCAGACACGCCGCCCUGAAUCGCCAGCAUGCGCGGGAGUCCGGAGGUGGCUCUUACCCCGGCCCGUUGAACAAGGGGUACUGGGCUCCCCCGCCUCCAACGCCCCCACCCGCCGGCGCCAUCAGCCCUGCAUCGUCAAUCUCCGACCAUGAGGGGCCGAGGAGGAAGAAUAAGAGGGCCCUGUUCACGGCUUGGAUUCUGGGCUUCGGAGCGCUGUUCAUAAUCCUGUUUGUUGAGCUCAUGCUGGCGUAUUCAGGGAAUCCGGACCAGAUUAAUAGGGUUAAUGAUAAUGCGCAGAUAAUUCCUCUGCUGAUUGGGUGCGGGGCUAUGUCCUUGGUGCUUUGGAGGCUGUAUGAGCAGAGGGUUAAGGUUUGUUCUCCCUUUGAAUUGCUGGGGUAUGGAUGACUGGAUGGAUUGACUGACUCGGUGUGGAUAGAUUUGCGGGGAGGAAAAUUAUAGGGAGUAUCAGAGGGCUUUCUUGUACGAUGCUUGUGCGCCAUAUCCAUUUAAUAGGAGUGAGUCUAUCCCCAUCCUUACCACGAGCAUGUAUUAUUUCCAGACCUAACACCUAGAGUUAGGCACGGUGAGGUCAGCCGGGGAUCGAUUCCUGAAGACUAGAUCUAGGGGUUCCGGGGAAGCUUGAUGGAUUUUCCCCAAUUGCAGAGCGGAUUUCUGACGUGUUUAAUGUCCUGCGAUGGUACAAUACAGUAAUGUAAUCGAUGAUUGUAUAUUAAUACCAAAUUGUUAAACCUAUUAUACCAG